AUGGAGUCCAGCGAGGCGCCUGUUGUGCUGAUGCUCGGCCUCCCCGAAGGCGCAUUGGGAGGCAUUGACUUGUUGUCUUUCACGACCACUCCCCGUUUUCGCGGGGUCAAAGGCAUAUCAACCGGCCUUCACUUUGCCUUUGCCAGUCCGACGACGGCCUUCUCCGAGCGGCAUGGAAUCUGGUUUGAUAUCACGAACAAUGGCAAUCCUCCGGAUGUCAUCGUCACACAAUGGGACGCAGCGUCCGAGGCCCUCGUUCGGAUCACCGAUGAGACAGAGAUUCUACGGCAACGAGCCAACCUGGGAAGCAUAUGGAAUGGCCUGACACCCUACAGACAAGAAGUUGCCAAAACUGAAGGGGACGAUGUCGAAGUGAGCUCCGACUGGUCUACCCUAACCGCCUCCAUCACCCCUACCCUACUUUCCCGACUCCUCGGAAACGGCGCCGACUGGAAAGUCAGCUCUGCAAACUCCUCGCGCCGCGACCUCGAAGACAUCCCCGGUCUUGUAGACCAAGACCUCGACCUGCAACCCGGAGAAGAACUGCACUUCCUCCCCAUCGACCUCAAGCAAACCUGGCGCGAAGGAGCUACCGGUCGCGAGCGAACAGACGCCGCUCAAGACCGCUCUUGGGCGCUCAACAACCUCACCCACAAUCCCCUCGAGAUCAUCGGCGAGCUGCAAUUCUGCUUCCUCAUGAUCCUAACCAUCAACAAUUUCUCCUGCCUCGAGCAAUGGAAGCGGCUUCUGACCCUGCUUUUCACCUGCAAGUCAGCCGUGGCAGAGCAGCCGGAUCUCUUCAUCGCAGCCAUUGCCGCACUUCGAAUUCAGCUGCAGCAUUGCAAGGAUGCGGAAGGUGGAUUAAUCGAUCUUGCGGAUGAGGGGGGCUCGUUGUUGAAGAGUCUGCUCGUGCGCUUCCGGAAAGGCCUGACUGGGCUCGACGCAAUCGAUGUCCAGGAUGUGGUGGACGAGCUGGAUGAUUUGGAGGAGUAUUUGAAGCAAGAGUAUGGGUGGCAGUUUGGCGGGAGCUUUGCCAAGACGGGUCUGCUGGAGCUGGAGGAUGGGGAACAGGUUCGGAUGGACACGACGGCCUUCGAUGAGGAUGAUGAAACGGGGGAGUUUGCACCGCAGGUAGUUGACCUUACGCCCGAGCAGGCCAAGUUGCUUGGGGUGCAGGAUGAAGUCGAUCUGCCUCAGACCUUGACACGAACAUCCGACGAGUCAGAAGACAAUCAAGAUCUGGAGGAUAUGGAUUCUCGCUACUAA